GAAGUGACAAGCCCGUUGAACGCGCGAGCAAUCAAAUCGACCUUGAGCGGUCUAUCAGCCUUGUUAGUGUAGUGCCCGACCACCAGGUAACACAUAGAGAUCUACAGAAUCACAGCCAUGGCAGCGGGACUUCCAGACGACCUCGUGCUCGAGUACGACAUGCUACAGCUCGUGGACGGCGACGACAACGUCUCUACCAGCUUCCUGGACACCCCAGCGUCCCCUGCAGCCUCGUCGAACGUCGAGGAUCUACUUGCCAACUGCUCCGUGGGUGUGAGUAUCUCCACUUCGACUGCGGAGGCUGCAGCAGCCUCCAAGACGUCGUGUGCGUCGUCAGCCUGUGCCUCCGGCGGCGCCGGUUGCUCGUCUGCCACCGCCACGAAAUCCCCAGAAGCAGAGACCAUCAUUCAGGACGAAUUUGCCGAGUUCCUAUUGGACGGCGAGCAAUUUCUCCGUGACAUGGAGAAAGUGGUAAAAAUAGACUCGGACGAGAAUCAGAAGAAUCAGACAGCACUCGAGCAGAGUGAUGGUGCCAUCGACUUGGACGCCUUCACGGACCUGGAUAUGCUGCCUUCGCCCUGUCCGAGCGCGCCCAGCACGUGUCCCAGCAUAAUCGAUGGGUCUCCAUGUAAGACGGACGUGGACGAGUUUGACGUUGAGUGUCCGUUGCUGGCUCAGGAGCAGGAGGCGGCUAAAAAAUAUCACGAGGCUCUGAUGGGCCACGUGUUGCCUCCCAUUGUGACGGCGUCACCUUUGCCGUCUAUGCCCGAAGAGAGUGCGAACCAGCCGGAGUACUUGGAGACACAUGAAGAAGAGGACGAGGAGAUGGAGGAAGAAGCCAUGGAAGACGAGAUGGAUUUGCUUGAGAAAGAAGCCAAGUAUCUGGAUGCUCAGAGGGAUUUCCUGCAGUCUCGCGCCAAUUCCAGUCGUCCGCAGAGGAAGAGCAUUAAGCAGCGCCGUCCACGAGACACAGAACAGACGAAACAACUGGUUCAGAGUCAGGAAAACAAUCAGCUUUUGAACGACCUGGUUACACAACAAAGAGUCUACCAAGACAACUUCAAGGCCAUGCUCGCGUUCGCUCCUGUGAACGAUGUGCGUAUGGCUCUGAUGACCCCGAUGGAGUCGUAUAUUCGUCUGGGUAAGGACUUUAACGAGCGGAGGAAAACCAUUUUGUCACUACGAGAGGAGAAACUGGACAUGACGUACAAGUUCAUUGAGCAGAAGGCUGCAGGGCUGGACUUCAACCAGCCGUACCAGUACUCGGACAUGUUCGAGAAGUUCGGCAAGCACUACUGCGUCAACUUUGCCAUUUCCAAGUACGACGGCGUGAGUGUCUUCCAGGUGGGACGUGCGAUCUACGAACAGAUUGCAGGCAAGGACGAAGCUCUGAACAACGCCAUGGGGAGCACGACGAUCCGCGAAUCGUUCGAUACGAUUAAGUGUAACUUCAUGCAUCAACGCAUUGUGUCGAGUAUGAAUUGGGAGGGCGAGAACGAAGGCGCAGAUGCCGAGAAGAUGCCGGAUAUGGAGUCGAACGCCAUUUUCUAUUGCCGAUUUGGAGACAACUCUGCCGUUUUAGCCACAGAUUACAUCGACCAGGACGAUCUGCACCCGUACGACACGUCAAACCGCAUCCGCAAGGAUGUUUCGAGUGGCGUCGUGUUGUCUGGCCACACAGAUGCGGACGGUAAGAAGUUCGUCGUCAUGAAGCGAUAUUUGAUGGCCAAGUACCACGUGUACCCCCACAAGGUGUCGCAGGAACAGCAAGAUCGCUUCUUCGCCAGUAUGCCCAAGUGUCACGACACGAUGAAGACUUUGAUCGUCGACCGUCUUCAACGCAAUGAGACGGGCUGUCCAUGUGCAGGUGACGACUGAGUGGGAGGCUUAUAAGCUAAGCGUGACACUCCGGAGACUUACAGGCAGACAGCUGAGCCUCUGCCAUUGCCGCUUUCUUCGGCUUUUUUUUUUCUUCUUCUCGCACAUCGGUCUACGUCAUGGUCCCCCGCUGAAGCCGAGCCAAGGGGGACGAGCUGGUUACCUGGAGUGAAUGACUACCGGUAAUAACGUGGCAGCUGCUGAAAAGCGCUCCUUACUCACCGUGUGAUGAGAUGUUUGCAUGGCUCAUGACAGCGCUGACAAGCGAUUACUUUGACGAAUAAAACCUCUAUUCUCGUUU